AUGUCCUAUUUCCUGCCCCAUCUUCCUUCUGGCUGGCAUGUUGACGAAGCUAUCAAGUCAGAAGAAGAUCGUGUUGUGGUUAUCAGAUUCGGUCAUGACUGGGAUAGCCAGUGUAUGACGAUGGACGAAACAUUGUAUUCAGUGGCAGAAAAGGUCCAGAACUUCGCCGUUAUUUACCUUGUUGACAUAACGGAAGUUCCUGAUUUCAAUAAAAUGUAUGAGUUAUAUGAUCAAUGCACUGUCAUGUUUUUCUAUCGAAACAAACACAUCAUGAUCGAUCUGGGGACCGGUAACAACAACAAAAUUAACUGGGCUAUGGAUAACAAACAAGAAUUGAUUGAUAUAAUUGAAACAGUAUACAGAGGCGCGUCUAAAGGUCGUGGUCUGGUCGUGUCUCCGAAAGACUAUUCGACGCGCUACAGAUACUGA